CGGUUACUGACUUAGAAUAUUUUCAAAUCAAACGAACGUCUACCAAUUGAUGAAUGCAGCUUCGGAUUUUGAUAAAUUUAACGAAAAAUACGUUUUAGUGUUUAGAUAGGUAGAAAGUUAAACAAACUAUUAUAAGUGUUUCUAAAGUUUAUAAUAACUUAAAUGUGUGUGACUUGUGAGUGAUAUAAAGAUGGUGAGACUGCAAAAAGGCCCUGGCUUGGGCGCGAAAAAGGGUUCGGUAACUGUUCCCUCGAAAACUGGAUCCACACAAAACAUGUCUGCUAAUGUUAAAGUAGUGGUCAGGGUUCGUCCCUUAAAUAUGAAAGAAAUGCAGUCGAACAAUCGUCUUGUUGUAGACGUUGUUGAUGACAAAAUGUUAGUGUUUGAUCCGAAGGAAGAAACUAGACCUUUCUUUUAUCAGGGAGUCCAGCAGCCUAACAAAAAUUUCCUGAAACGUGCUAACAAAGAGUUAAAAUUUGUAUUCGAUGAUGUCUGUGGUCAAGAAGCCUCAAAUCAAGAUGUAUUUGAAAUCACAACAAAAGAGAUUAUUUCAUCUCUAAUGGAGGGUUAUAAUUGUUCAGUUUUUGCUUAUGGAGCGACUGGAGCUGGGAAAACGUUUACUAUGAUUGGGACUCUAGAGAAUCCUGGUAUUACUUAUUUAACAAUGGAGCACUUGUUUUACACAAUUGAUUCAUUUGAAAAGGAUAGAGAUUUUGAUAUAGGAGUGUCAUAUAUUGAGGUUUAUAAUGAAAAUGUGUAUGAUCUGCUUAAACCGUCUUCUACUCCACUCCAACUUCGGGAAGACUCAAAAUAUGGGGUAAUGGUAGCUGGUCUCAGCAUUCAUACCAUUAAAACAGCUAGAGAGCUUCUUAACAUGCUUGAAGAUGGAAAUAAAAAUAGAACACAACAUCCUACUGAUGCUAAUGCUGAAAGCUCUAGGAGUCAUGCUGUAUUUCAGGUGUAUGUUAAAAUGCGGUACAAAAUUAGCAGCCAGCUUCGUAUGGUAAAAUUAUCUAUGAUAGAUCUUGCUGGUAGUGAGCGUGCCUCAGCAACUGGUUGUAAAGGAGACCGGUUCAAAGAAGGUGCUAAUAUUAAUAAAAGUCUCUUGUCACUUGGUAAUUGUAUCAACAAAUUGGCUGAUGGAAGCAAUUAUAUUCCUUACAGAGAUUCAAAAUUGACUCGUCUUCUUAAAGACAGUCUUGGUGGCAACUGUAAGACAGUUAUGAUUGCUAAUGUAUCCCCAUCAAGUAUGACAUAUGAAGACACAUAUAACACACUCAAAUAUGCUGCAAGAGCAAAUAAAAUCCAAUUAUCAAUUAAAAAGAAUAUUGUUGAUGGUGAUAUACGGCUGUCACAAUAUGUCAAGAUAAAUGAGGAGCUUAAGAAGAAAAUUAAAGAGUUGGAAGCCAAACUAUCUCUGUCCUCUCUGAAGACUGUCAAAGAGUCUGAUGGAGUUAAGGAAAAAAUGAUUCAGCAAUGGCGACAGCGCAUCCAAUCGGCCGAAAGCGCACACGCAGCGAUUGAAAGUCGUCUAGUAGCGAACAUGUGCCAACAGCGCGUGCUGGCGUUACGUCAACGUCUGCGAACGCGGGCCUUCCAGCACCUUGCUGAUUUGGCUCAUCGGUGCUCCACUGAACAAAUGGAGCAGAUGUGUGCAGAAGAGAUUCCUCGUCAAGAACGUGCCGCUGAAAGUUAUGUGAAGCAAUGUGCAAUACUCGAUACCAAAGUACUUUCUACUUGGAGCGAAUGGGAUGAGAGCCGAAAGAAGUUGAAUUUAAUGUACAAUCAGGCUGUCGCAGACCAUCCAGAACUCAUAGACUUUGUUCAGAAACUACAGAUCCAAGGCAAACUAAGAUUAGUCGAGGCAAGAGACAAUCUACGAUACAAGCUUCUAGCUAUCGAGCAUCAGGAAAUUAAAUCCUUCACAGACUAUGUCAGUGAUAUGCCCAGUAUGCUGAAGAAACUUUAUCUAACUUUAAAAGGUUAUGAUAGAGCCACUCCUGCAUUGACCAAUGAGUACUUAGAGAUUAUGAAGAAGGCAAAGUCGGUCAAGGGUAUAGUCUGGUCUGAUGAGAUGCCGGAUAACGAUGACUUGUUCAAAUUUGUCUCAUCACUAGAUUUAGAAAAGCCAAUCAGUGGUAUCAACUUAGAUGAUCUUGAGAAAAUUGACUUAGUGACGGACAGUGAAGAUUUAACUGAUAUUGAAAAUAGGGAGCCACUCCCUGCAGCAAAGAAGCGUAAAGGGACAUUCACAAAAGGCACUCCUAUGAAGCUGAUAAAUAAUGAAACUAUCAUUAUUAAUGAUUCAUUUGAGAGUAUGGAUGUAAAACAAGCUAUGAAUUCAGCGAAGAAGGUUAAAAAAGAAUUGAGUCCGUCAACAGAUGUGGAUAAUUAUAGCACUAUUGAUCCAAACUGUUUAAAUUCAACAUUUGUUAUGGCAAAUAAAAUGGACUGGAAGAAAUCUGUGAAGGUAGAACCGAACAGUCAACCGAUUAAAACUCUGAUGGAUAGGACGAAUACAAUUACCCGUACAAACAAUUUUAAUGACAGAGCGAGAAUAGUGAAGCCGGUAGUCGGAAAAGCAAUUCCCUUCAAACGAAACCCGGCACCUGUAACAGUGAGGCCCCAAGCUGGCUUCGGCUCAGGUGUUGCCAGAGAUGGUACAUCGCUGCAAAGAAAUGUACAAGGCCAAAAGGUGAAUUUAAAUGAAAAAUCAGUUGGUUUUAAAGCCGUCCGAGCGAGGGAGCGAAUGCAGACUCAUCCAUACUCGAGGCCUGUCUUAAGAAAAUGAUAAUAUAAGAUAUAUGGCGUUAUGAAAAAGUGUAUUUUUAUAUAGAAUUAUUUUUAGGGAUUAUAUUUUGAUGUUUUAGUACUGUUUAAUUGUUUUUUGAGUGUAUACAAAUGUGUGUUAACUAGUUAAUUAAUUAAAUACUAUACAAUAAACAUUAUUGUAAACUCCCCAAUAUAUCGUAAUCAUAAACUUUUUGUCACUUGAAAAGUUUAGUUGACAACCUUAUAUUACAGUAGCAAGGAACAAACUGCAUGUAUACCAAUUUUGUUGUAAGUUUUGGUUUAAGACGGUACGAUGGUCUGUGAUUGGCUGAGAGAUGUUGACGAAUCACAAUUAAACGAAUCGUUUUCGAAUUUUUCAAACCCUUAAUUUAAAUUAAAGUACAUAUAUAAACUCAGUUAUCUACCGAUGAGAUGGUAACAUUUAAUGAAAUAAAUUAGAAUUUGUGAAUAGAAUUUUCUGAUAUACCAAUUCAAUUGGUUUCCGAUGUGAAUUUGACCAUGAGACUACAAUAGACGCAGCAAUUUGCUUUUGAGACGCAGCAAUUGUGAAUAAUUUUAGACAAUAUUUCGCACAGUCCCACCAUGACGGGAAUCGUUAUUGCAUGUUUCAGAGUACUGGUGCAGUAAGUACCCUAUCUAAAUACAAAAACUGCAAUUAAAUCUAGAUUUAAAUUAACUUUAUAAAGUAAAAUGUAUUGGAAAAUUGUAGUACAUUGUUCUAGUAACUGGGUUUUAUUUUGUAAUACCCCAACGGAUACCAAAUUGCGGCCGAUAUUUCCCUUUAUAUUGAAAUGUACGUUUAUUGAUUGGACACGGGCGUCUUUGCAUUCUCUUUUUGAGGAAAAGCUAAUUUUCUUUGAGUUUCAUAAGAACGUUGCAACGCCUAAUUUUCGUUUGCGGUUUUGCAUCGGUUUUAUUAUUUUUAGAAGGUAUAUUGACUUUGUAUUUAUGGACAAACACUUUUGUAUGCUAGAUCAUAUAAAAGUUGCUUUGAAUACAAUAUGUGUGGAUAUGUCUACAGAUAGCAUUAGUCAUUAAUGAAAUAUGAAAAAAUCGAGUCACAUCUUUUCGUAAGUGAAAUUAUUGGUAAGUUUUAUUUUCAAUGUAUGUAGCGACUUAUCUCUAAGUAAGACUUCCAUACGCUAAAUAUAUUUUGACACACGGUAGUCCUAUUUAUAUCAGUCUAGAAAUUCUAAACCUCUCUUAUCGGCUGUAUACUACAUUUGACGCUUUUCUUGACAAAAUUAAUUUUGCCCAUAACUCGAUAAAUAUAUUUUUUACGUGUUCUACGGUGUUUAGCUUUAAAGUAUUUAUAGUAAUAUUAUGCAAUGUUCGUAUUUUGUAAACAGUGAUUUUUGUAAUAUUUUUUUAAUAAUGUACCGAGUUUAUUACAGAAAUGAAAUGCGCGCUUGAGCAGGCACUAGUAUGUACUGUGUAAGCGUGAUGCAUGGCUAUCGUCAUUUAUACGUUUCUUUAAUGAGCCGUGUCAAAUAAUUUAUUAAUAUACUUUAAUUUUAGAAUUAUAAUAUUGUACAAGUUUAAGAAUUUUGUAAUUUAGUGUCAAUUAUAGUUUAUGAUAAUUUUUCAAUGAUUGUGG